CCUCAGAGUUCUCUCCUUGGUGCAUGAUGAUGUGAAGUGAUUUAAAAAAAAUUGUUUUCGUGUUCUGCUACUCACCUAUGUCUAUAGACAAAUUUUUGUUUGAUUAAUUAUUACUGUUGCUUUUGUUUCUAAGCACCAGUUUUCAGGAGAACCAUACAAGAUGUCAGAGCACGCUAUUCCUAUAGAUAUUCUGGACGAUCUGAGCAGUCGCUUCAUCAUAAAUAUUCCAGAAGAGGAAAGAAAAAACCACAUCCGUAUAUGCUUCCAAAUAGAGCUUGCUCACUGGUUCUACUUGGACUUUUACUGCGCUGAAGAAAAUUCCAAGCUGAGGUCGUGCGGUAUGAAGGAAUUCACAACUCACAUUUUUCGACACAUUCCUUUCCUUAAACCGCACGUGUCAAAUGUUGAUGGUAUACUCGAUCAGUGGCGCGAUUACAAGCAAAAUGUACCCACAUUUGGUGCAAUAGUCUUUAAUGAAGAUCUGACCAAGGUCUUGCUUGUUCAGAGUUACUGGGCAAAAAACAGUUGGGGCUUUCCCAAGGGAAAAAUUAACAAAGACGAGGAUCCCUCACAUUGCGCCGUGAGGGAAGUUCUUGAAGAGACUGGGUUUGAUAUUUCAAACUUGAUUGACAAAAAUGACUACAUCGAGUCUGUUAUUAAUGAACAGCUCGUGAGGUUAUACGUAAUAUCAGGAGUGCAAAAGGAUACGAAAUUUCAACCAAAAACUCGCAAGGAAAUUAAAAAUGUUGAAUGGUUUGAAUUGGAACAUUUGCCCAACAAUAAAAAAGAUAUGACGCCGAAGGUAAAAAUGGGUGUUGGACCAAAUGCAUUCUUUAUGGUCGUUCCAUUUGUCAGGAGAAUGAAAAAAUGGGUUCAAGAGAAACAGCAAAAGGAAAAAAGUGCAUCAACGACUCAAACAAAAAGACACUGUCAUAAAUCUGUAGGAGAUAUGGAGUCUAGUGCUAGGAGCAAAAGACAAGUUGCCAGGACUGAAGCUUUGACAGAUUUAAAGUGUUCACGUCAAGCCAAUGCAUCACCGGCAUUGAAUAAAUCUAGAAUUAACGAAUCAAAUAAAAGUUCGGCUUCCAAAGGAGCAUUUAAGCGAAAUUUAUUUGGUGAACAAAAUGAUCAGUCUGCGGCGAUUCUUGCUAAAAAGUUGGUUGAAAGCCCUUUGAAAUCAAAGUCGAAUGCAGGAAGCAAGGAUUCCUCAAAUCAAGUAAAAAAACGUUCUGAAAACAUGAGCAAUAAAACUUCUGCAGUGCAUAAGGAUAAGAAAGAAAAUAAUGGUAGAUCCAGUAUUGGAAAGAUAACUCGAAAAGUUGUGUCGGAAAAGUCAAUUUUGGCAACUUGUACAGUUCAAAAUCUAAACAGCACUCUCCCGGCAUUUGAGUUUCAAACCCAAGUUUGGACUAAUUUUCAGUUUGAUAAGAAGUCUAUUCUCAGUUGUCUAUAAAUUUUGUUUUUAUGUAAAUGAUUUGUAAAGCAAUGCUGUGAUUUUCUUCACUAUCUAUACGUGAGUUAGUCUUACCACUGCCAUAGUACUUUGAAAACUUAAUUAAAAUUAGUUUAAUCUUAUGUCUUUUUAAAAAUGUGCAGCAUUUUGUAGUUGGUUUAAGAGCAUUUAAAUUACUUGAAUAAUUGAUAACCAUUGUAUUAUCCUAUUUUUCUCUAAAUCUUUGUAAUUUAACUGUUUAUUAAUAUUAUUUAGAUCUUAGUAAAUAUAAUUUAUUUUGCAAUAGAUGCAGUAUUAGCAACAUUAUCUAUUAUCUAGCAAGAUAAAUUUAUCAGUAGAGUUUAUAUUCCAGUACACAUAAAAUCAAAUUUACUUUUUGCUAUUAUUUAAUUGAGUGAAAAUAUUUGAUAGUAUUCAUUUCUUUUAAUACUCAUAAUAUUUUUUACAGCUUGUGUAACAAUUUAUUAGAUGUAUCAGUCUUUUCACUUAAUGUUCGUAACAAAUAGUUUUAGUUUAUUUAUAAGAGUUGUACAUACACUAAUAUUAAAAAAAGGAAAUACAUGUAUUCACACACACAUAUUAUACACUUCUGUACAUAUUUACAAUUACGAGGGAGAAAGUAAUUUUUGUGAUUC